CUUUGUUUUCAUUACUAUUUGCAUUUUGUAGGCAUUCUUGUUUCUGUUGGGCAUUGGAGUUAGUUGUUUGCUUCUUGUGCUUUAUAUUAUAUUUCAUUGUUAAAGUGGAAGUGAAUGCAACAAUGUCGACGUGUGAUAGUCAGAGGGCCGAGGCCUCGAGGGAUAACGUUUCUCAAAAUUCUGUAGAUGAGGGUUUACCGCGAGAGCUUAGCCAACUUAGCCUUUUGAGUGGCUCCAGUCCAGAUGAAUUUCACUGCAACAAAGGGCAUUCCGAAGCAACAUUAAAGAACAUUUUUGGAUAUUACCAAUCACAGAAACUCUGCGAUGUAGUCCUUAUUGCGGGUACUUGCAGAAUUCCUGUCCAUAAGUUGGUGUUAGUAUCCUGUAGUGAAUAUUUUGCUGCAAUGUUCAUGGGUUCACUACAAGAAUCAAAAUCAUCAGAAAUAACAUUAGAGAGAGUAGACCCUCAGGCUUUAAAAACCUUAGUGAAUUACUGUUAUACAGGUAUCAUAGAAUUAAGCGAAGAUACUGUAGAAGUCAUAUUAUCAACAGCCACACUUUUACAAUUGAACGUAGCAGCAAAAGCUUGUUGUGAUUUCUUAGAGAAACAACUUGACCCAUGUAAUAGUUUAGGUAUUGCAUUAUUUGCGGAGCAACAGUCGUGUCUUAGUUUACACAAAAGUGCUAUGGAGUAUACAUAUCAACAUUUUAUGCAGGUUGUAAAAAAUGAUGAGUUCCUACGUCUAAGUGAAGAGCAGCUGUCAAGUUUAUUGAAUUCAGAUGAUCUCAACGUAGUAACCGAAGAGAAUGUCUUUGAGAGCUUGAUGUUGUGGGUACAACAUGACGUCGCAGAUAGACAGAAGUAUCUCCCCAAUUUACUCAAAUUUGUGAAACUGCCACUAUUAUCAUCAGAGUAUUUGAUAGACAAAGUAGAGUUUUCUUGUGGUAAUGUGGCGGGAUGUCAGCCAUUGAUAAUGGAGGCUGUCAAAUGGCACUUGUUGCCUGAGAGGAGAUCUCUGCUCUUCUCUCACAGGACUCGGCCACGAACUUCUACUAUUGGAAGGUUAUUAGCUAUUGGUGGAAUGGAUGGUUACAAGGGUGCAAGUAACAUGGAGAUGUAUGACCCGCGCACAAACACAUGGAGUCCCUAUAUGCGAAUGGGCGCGAGACGGCUUCAGUUCGGUGUUGCCGUGCUUCAGAAUAAAUUGGUUGUGGUUGGCGGACGGGAUGGACUUAAAACGCUCAACACGGUGGAAUGCUUCGACCUGACUUCUUUGAGUUGGAGUACUCUAGCUCCCAUGAACACGCACAGACAUGGGUUAGGCGUGACCGUAUUAGGUGAAGGGCCAAAUUCGCCCAUUUACGCUGUGGGAGGACACGACGGCUGGAUUUACCUCAAUUCUGUUGAGAGAUGGGACGCGUGCUCUCGCUCAUGGACGAUAGUAGCGAACAUGUCCGGCGCUCGCAGUACGUGCGGUGUUGCCGCUUUACGCGGACGUCUCUACGCGGUUGGUGGACGCGAUAGCGGGGCUUGUCUCCGCUCAGUCGAGUGUUACCAUCCCGCUACUAAUCAUUGGACGGCCUGCGCUCCCAUGAAUCGACGCAGGGGAGGUGUCAGUGUAUGUGCCGCCGAUGGCUACCUGUACGCUUUAGGGGGCCACGAAGCCCCCGCAAACGCCACUGGGGGCCGCCUCGCGUGUGUCGAGAGGUACGACCCCAUCGCCGACAAUUGGGUGCUACUCGCAAGGUUGUCGUACGGUCGGGACGCGAUCGGGUCGUGUCUUUUGGGCGAUCGAAUCAUAGCUGUCGGUGGGUACGACGGCGUAAAAUACCUAUGUGUAGUGGAAGUGUAUGACUCUGAGUCCAACUGUUGGCGCAAGUUAGCCCCGCUAACGACAGGCCGCGCAGGCGCAGCUGUCGUCGCGAUACCUCCGCCGAGGUUGUGCUGAUAUUCGUUUGUGUUUCGAAUAACUUUUCGUAAAACAACUUUUAUCAAUUCACUCUAAGUCUUAUACUUAUAAUUGUAAUAGACCUCUGCACUUAUUACCAUAUUAAGGUUGUUUAGUACUUAUUACUCUUAUGGUAAUGGUUAGUGGACGCAGUUACGCACUUAACUCUCAUUAGGUCCGUUGUGCGUAAAGUCCUGGCUAACUAAGCCAGCCCCUUCCAGAAGCACAGAAGUCUCCUGGGAACUUCGCAGGCGUCACGGAGCGACCUCACCGCUCUGAUGAUUUCUGUACGUUGGUUAGCCACAGGCACGCAUUCUAGGACUACGUGGGUGACUGAUUCCUCUGCGCUGAAACGGCCUCUGCACAUGGGGCUGUCUGUCGCGCCUAGGACAAAAAGUUUUUUAUUAAGGAGAAGGUGGCCCUGACCUGCCUCAUCAACAUGAUGUGGCCAAGGCUACUACUCUGUAGAAAACUAUACUACUUGUGAUAAAAAUCUACGUAUUUUUUUGUUUUAUCUGACAGAUACUUAACGACCCAAGUGGAGAACACAGAACAAGAAAGUCUCAAGUUUUUUGUCUUAAAGACAAUUCAGUAUUAAAUUAACUUGCCAUUAUAAGAGGCUUUUUGGAUUCCUAUUCAAAAUAACGGAAACGAUACAAUUCGGAGACGUUAACUGUGAUAAAAAUCAACUAUUAAUGAAAAUGCAUUGCAACAUUCCGGUACAGAAAUACUUUUUUGCCAUGGUAACACUAAACCAUCGGAUUUUUUUUUAGAUUUAACUGUAACGUGUCACGUGACAUGACUAUAUAUAAUACUCACUAUUUUUAAUCAGUUUAAAGACUUUUUUUGAAAUCGUUAUUAAAUGUAUGUAUUACGACAUAUACGUAAGACUCCACGGACAUCUAAUCUGGCAACCCUGUCGUCAAAGUUAGUUUUAAAUGUCUAUGGCUUCAGAUGUGUUUGUGGUGUUAUGUUAACAAUUUUGGUGCAUUUAUUUUGACGUGUAAAGAAAAGUAGGAUGGCGCUUUUGCUCAAAAUACUAUAUUUCGUAAAUAAUAGAGAAAAUAAAUAAUAAGCUAGUUAUUUUCUAUUUGUGAUCUCAGUUAAAUUUAUACAUUUUUUUACUGUUUUUCUUUCAAACUUGUAUACUCGGCUUAUAAGUUUUAAAGAAAAAUAACGUAUUGUAACGCCAUCUGUGGGUAGAAGUAAAAAUUUCCUAAUAAUUGGUUUUAUUCCUCAAAGCACGUCAGUAUUACGAUUAUGACUUACAAUGUUUUUUCUGUGAUUUUAAGACUAAAGUAUACAUUUAUUUUAUAUCCUUUUUUGGCUUUAAGUAUAUUAUUUUCAAAUAUCGAAUGUCUAUUUUAAGUUUUGUAGCUCUUUAUUUAUAAGUUACCCUCGCUAAUUAUUCGAAUAGAGGUGUGAAUUUUCGGAGUAGAAAAUAAAUCUUAUUAAUAGUUUUAGAUUUAGAUAAUACAUAGUAACGGUUGUUGGGUACAUAGCUAAUAGUAAUUCUUAUAACCGAAUAAAACAUAGACGCUUCCUAAUAUUAAUUUCGAACGCGUUCUUUGUUUCAUUAAAACGUUGUCACCAUAGACAAGAGUCGAAACCGUGCGUUUUAUUGACAUUGGCCUAUCAGUGAUCACGUCAUAUCAUAUCACGUAACAACGUGUGUUAGUAGACUAGAGAUGCUGUUGACCAAUCACAAUCAAACGAAACACGCCGUUCCGUCUUACGUUUUACAUUCUCACUCCCCUUUCAAUGGUUUUAAUGUUGAUUUAAAACUUUUCCACUUCAAUAUAAAGUCGUAAAGCCACAUUUAAUUACUCUCUAUAUUUUUUUUUAAAAUAAAGUGAUUUUUUGUGCAUUUUCUCAAAACUAGGAAACAUAAAAUAUAAGUUAUUAGCUAUUGACAUCUUAGCAUCAUAUGGAAAUGAGCUCUUGAUUUUUUAUUAAAAAUGUUGAGACUGCAAUAAAACUGUGAACGUAACUAAAUAUCAUUUCUAUUUUCGUGUAAUAAAAUAUUCUUGAAUAAAUAA